CGGAGAUCGCCGUUCUCGCUCCCUGCCUCCGCCUUUGCACCCUCGAGCCGCCGCCGCCGGGGGAGCAGCCGCCCGUUGUUUUUCUCCGCGGCGAAGGUGCGGAGCUGCCCGAGUCGGCCCGUGGGGGAGCCCCGGGCGCCGCACGUGUCCUGGGUCAUGAAACUUAAUCCACAACAAGCUCCAUUAUAUGGUGAUUGCGUCGUUACUGUAUUGCUCGCUGAAGAAGACAAAGUGGAGGAUGAUGUAGUAUUUUACUUGGUCUUUUCGGGUUCCACCCUCCAUCACUGUACAAGUACCCGGAAGGUCAGUUCUGAUAUGUUGGAGACCAUCACUCCUGGUCACGACUGCUGUGAGACCGUGAAGGUGCUGCUCUGUGCUUCCAAAGAGGGCCUGCCCGUGUUCGUGGUGGCCGAAGAAGACUUCGAGUUCGUCCAGGACGAGGCUUACGACGCAGCCCAGUUCCUCGCCACCAGCGCGGGGAACCAGCAGGCGCUGAACUUCACCCGCUUCCUUGACCGGUCAGGACCCCCGUCUGCGGAUGUGAACGCCCUCGACGAGAAGGUGGCCCUGGCGUUCCGACACCUGAAGCUGCCGGCCGACUGGAAUGUGCUGGGGACCAAUCAGACUCUGCAUGAUGGUGGCCCGUGCGAGACACUCAUGCAUUUUGCUGUGCGGCUGGGCCUGCUGAGGUUGACCUGGUUCCUGUUGCAGAAGCCAGGUGGCCGCAGGGCUCUGAGCAUCCACAACCAGGAAGGAGCGACACCUGUGAGCUUGGCCUUGGAGCGGGGUCAUCACAAGUUGCACAAGCUUCUGACCGAGGAGAACUCCGGAGAGCCCGAUUCCUGGAGCAGUUUAUCCUACGAAAUACCGUGUGGAGACUGUUCUGUGAGGCAUCAUCGAGAGCUGGACGUCUACACUUUAACCUCGGGGUCCCAGUCACAUCCCGAACCCCCACUUCCUGCGGACAGUUGCACCGGGCACAUUCUGAAACUUACGAACAUCCAGCAGCAGCUCAUGAAAACAAACCUCAAGCAGAUGGACGGUCUCGUGCCCUCGAUGGUCACAGCAGAGGAUCCUUCGGGUCUGCCCACUGGCCAAGACGCAGACGGCACAUUUCUGCCCCGUGCAGCCGUGUUCGCGGAGGGCCAGCCGCGCUCGUCCCCUCCCGCAGACGCCGAGAGCUCUCCGCGCCGCCCCGGGAGCGCUGCGGGGCAGAGCGCGUGUCCCUCUGGUUUGUCCAGCGGAGGCGCAGCAGGGACCACAGACUGUUGCUGCAGGAAGACAAACGGAGGCGUGGACGGAAAAGAGGAAGAGGCGGGGCCGGCACCGACCCUGGACUCCGAGGCUGUGUCUGGUCCCCACAGCCGCCUUCAGAGCGUGUCUGAUGGUGGGGGACCGGGAGCAGAAGGCCCUCCGUCCCGUGAAGUCAGAGCUGAAGAAACUGGAAGAGAACCCGCUGCCGCGUCCGCAGUGCAGGCGUCUCUGAGCGGUGGCGAUGCUGUCCCACCGGCAGUCACCGUCCUGGACCCAGGCACCGCCCAGAGUGUUUCUGCAGAUGAACCUGCAGGCAGUUCACCCAUAGACACCAGUGGCCCAGAGACGGGAGAGGAGGCGGGACGUGGUUUCGUGAACCCAGAAACCACCGCCCAGAAGCGGGGGCUCGAAGUAGGGGGACGCGCGAAGGAAACACCUGAGAUCUCGGAGGGCGGCGCGGCCGGGGCCUCUGACAUGAAAGACACGAGGAAGCCCGUGGGCAGAGCCGUUGUUCCAAACUGCGUUUCUGCCCCCAGCCCCCUGGAUGGUGACACCCCUCCUGAGUCCCUGCUUGCACUGAGUAAUGGAGAAACGCCUGCUGGAAAAAUUGAAACUUCAGGGCGCUGUAAAGGGGGUGCUGGUGCCGCGGUAGAUCAGAACCUUCUCAGCGCACCAGCUGCUGCAGGUGACCAGGUUCCCGAUGGCUGCGCAGUGGACGCUCCUCUAGCCAGCACGCGUGGGGCAGUGUCGCCCUCUGACUUGACCUUCACUGGGCCACAAAAGGAUGUUCCGCCAGAGCAGAAACCAGAAACGCGCUCAUCUCGCCUUCAGAACCAGAAUGGCCCGUCACCCACCUGCCCUGCGGGCGGAGAGGGAAAACCUCGUGCCGCCUCUGCGUGUCGGCGGAACACAGUGACUGCUGGGGGUGCGGUGGCUGCAGACUGUCACGAUGACACAGGCACCCAGCCUGGAGACACCCCAGGACUGCCCGACCCACAGCCUCCACCCACUGCCGUCUGCCCGGAAGGCCCACAGGCUGACACGGUCACCCCUGACCCUGUAGGAGCCACCCAGGAAGAUGUGGGUGUUUGUGCCCUCGGAGUUGCAGACCAAGAGGGCCAAGCAAGAGGUUCGGACUUAGCAACGUCUUUAACAAAUAAGCUCGAGGUGCUUCCGCAUCCACAUGCUCUUCCCCCCGAAGCAGAGAAAGAACCAGACGAGGCAGUGACAUCAGGCAGGACUUUCUCUCUGGAAGGCAGUCCAGGCAGUGAAUCAGGAACAGAAGAUGACGCACUUUCUCUUGUCCCCUCCCAAAAAGAAAAGGGAACAGCAGAGACAGAACCACACGCAGCUGCAGAUUGUAGAGAUGGCGGAGGUGGGAGCGAUCUGUGUCAGCAGCCACUAGAAGACCGGGCAGCAGUCCGGUCCCCAUCCUUCCCUGCCCUGGAUCUGCAGCCGGUCAUGGGGAACACCAGUCCCGUAGGAUCUGGUGAGGAGCAGGAGGGUUCCUGCCUCUCAGCAGCCCCUGAAGGUCUGAAUGUUGAGGGGGGCACCGACUCUUCCCUGCCACACGUGGGUAAGGCCCCUUUGGCUUCUGAUUCCAAUUUGACCGCAGAAGGAAAAAACCUGGUGGCUCCACAAAGCCCCGCAGCUCAGGGACAAGAUGACAGAUCCAUAGUGGUGGCCUGUUCCCCUGUGGAGGAAGACACGCUUCCUUCAGGGACACGGCAGGAAGCGCAGGGAACAGGCCCUCCUGGCCAGGCGCUGCCAGGCGUCCAGGGAGAGCCCAGCUCAGCUGCCUGUACCAAGGACAAAGCACUGGAACAUGGCAGCUCACGGGGCACACCCUCGGCCUGUCUGAACGCAGAAGCUGAACAUAACAAGGAAGUGGCCCCACCAGUCUCUGUGCUGACUGAAGGUGGGGCAGCCCAGGGCCUGGUGCCACCGCCUGCGAGUCUGGCUGCAGAUCCAAGCCAGGAAGCCUUGGGUGCAGAGCAGAGCAGCCCCCCCCCGCCAGGUCCCCCUCCAGGCGGGGCUGAGGUUCUUCACUGCAGUGGACCUCUCGCUCUGGCGGUUGGCGUGAAAAGCACUCCAGCCCGGGGCCAGGCCCCUGCUGGGGCGGUGAGUGGAACUUGGGCCCUGGAUGUCGCCGUGGUUAAUCCUCCACAAGGAACUACUGAAGCCAGGAGGAGGGAUUUAUCAUGCGACGCCCAGGAACGCCCGACUCCGGAAGUCUUGUUGAACCCGGAGAAUACGAUCAAGGCUUUGCCUGGAGCUUUAGCAGACAAAGGUGUGACUGAUUUCCAGGGGGCCGCGCCCCCAGAGCUGGUGCCCCUGGGUUGGGAGAAAGGGAAGCUGGAGGGAGCCCAACCCAGCUGUAGCGUGGGCGACUCUGAGGCACAGAUGAAGGAUGACACACGUCAUGUCCUACAGCAGCCCGUUGCCAAAGAGUCCCCCACAGAGACAGGACUCUCAGCCAGCGGUGACAAGGCCCCGAGCAGGGACAGGGGUGCUGCCCCCCUACCUUACGCUGUGUCUUCCCAAGCCAGGCAUCUGCCUAAGAGGGCGGACUCCAUCGAGGAGGCUGCGAGCCGGAUAGUGGAUGCCGUCAUAGAACGAGUCAAGGCCUCGGGCACCCUGCUCGCCGAGGGGGAAGUCAGUCACAUGUCACCAUCUCGUCCUUCAGAGUCAGGCCCAGGGGCUGAACAGCUGGAGAGCGCUUCCCCCCAGAAGGGGAUUGCUUUCCCGCCUGGGGAGACCCCACCGCUGGGCAGUACUCGCGAAGAAGUCCCCGCGAUCCCUGCAGGGCGUUCUGCUGGGGGAGAGGAGCCGGAGGACAGACUCCAGCCUGUUCCAGGACCCGAGCCAGCAAGCGAAAUGCCGGACACAAAAGCUGACGACGAAGUGGAUUUUCGGAGUUACUCCAGGGAGAGCUCCGUUGCUGAAGACGUGGCCCUAGGCACAGCGACCACGCCCCAGGGGACGAGACAGGGCCCGAAGACCCAGGCGAUAAACCGAGAAAGCUGGUGCACCAUCGAGCCGUGUCCCGACGCAGCGUCUCUCUUGGCUCCCACGCGGAGCCCAGAAUGUGAGAACUUCCUGGAUGUUGGACUUGUCGGGGAGUGUGCCCCCAAACAAGGGGUCCUCAAGAGAGAAUCCGGGAGUGAUUCUGACCUCUUCCACUCCCCCAGUGAAGAAGGGGACAGCCCUGUCUUCUCCAAGCCCGAGGAAGAGCAGUCGGUCUGUGACAUCACGGGAUCCAGUUCCUCCACCGACGACACGGCGUCCCUGGACCGACAUUCCUCUCACGGCAGUGAUGUGUCCCUCUCCCAGACACCCACUUUGCACAGGUCUAGAGACCAGCAGUCUCUCGAUGGCUUCUACAGCCACGGGGUGGGCGCCGAGGGGCGAGAGAGCCAGCACGAACCCGCUGGCUCAGGUGAGGCGGAGGAGGAGGAAAUGGACAGCAUCACCGACGUGCCCGCCAGCUGCUCUGUCCUGAGGGGCUCCAUGCGCUCUCUGUCCCCUUUCCGGAGGCACAGCUGGGGUCCCGGGAGGAAUGCAGCCAGCGAUGGCGAGAUGAACCACCGGAGUUCAAUGCGCGUUCUCGGGGAUGUUGUCAGGAGGCCUCCCAUUCAUAGGAGAAGUAUGAGCUGGUGUCCCUCUGGUGUGCAGUAUUCUGCUGCCCUGGGUGCUGACUUUAACUACAGAAGUUUCAGCCUAGAAGGCUUGGCUGGAGGAGCUGGUGUGGGGAACCAGCCCCCCUCAUCCCUGGAGGUCAGCUCUGCAAACACCAAAGAGCUCAGGCACCCUUUCAGUGGUGAGGAGCGAGGUGACUCUUUGGUGUCACUGUCAGAAGAGGAUCUGGAAUCGGGCCAGAGAGAACACAGGAUGUUUGGUCAUCAGACAUGUCACAGAUCUAAACAGCAGGGAUUCAAUUACUGUACAUCAGCCAUUUCUUCUACGUUGACAAAAUCCGUCUCAUUAAUGACCAUCAGCCAUCCUGGGUUGGACAAUUCUCGGGCUUUCUACACCAGUGCUAACCUGACGGAGAGUAUAACAGAAGAGAACUACGGUUUCCUGCCACAGAGCCACUCCAAGAAGGAUCUGGAAGGGAAGACGGGAACGAAAGUCAGCCGAACCUUCAGCUACAUCAAGAAUAAAAUGUCCAGCAGUAAGAAGAGCAAAGAAAAGGAGAAAGAGAAAGAGAAAGUGAAGGAGAAGGAGAAAGAGUCUAAAGAGAAGGACAAGAAGCUUCUCAACGGCCACUCGUUCAGCGCCAUUCCCGUGGUGGGCCCGAUCAGCUGCACUCAGUGCGCGAAGUCUUUCACCAACAAAGACGCCUACACUUGUGCAAAUUGUACUGCUUUUGUCCACAAAGGCUGUAGAGAAAGUCUGGCCUCCUGUGCAAAGGUCAAAAUGAAGCAGCCCAAAGCCAGCCUCCAGGCACACGACACGUCAUCGUUGCCCACGGUCAUCAUGAGAAACAAGCCCUCGCAGCCCAAGGAGCGCCCUCGGUCUGCAGUCCUCCUGGCCGACGAGACCACUGCCGCCCCCCUGUUUCCCAAUAGGCGGUCCCAGCAGAGCAUGUCGCUGUCCAAAAGUGUCUCCAUACAGAACAUCGCCGGAGUUGGCAACGAUGAGAACAUAUCCAACACCUGGAAAUUCCUGUCUCAUUCAACAGACUCGCUCAAUAAAAUCGUCAAGGUCAACGAGUCGACAGAAUCACUCACUGACGAGGGAGUAGGCACAGACAUGAAUGAGGGGCAGCUCCUGGGAGACUUUGAGAUGGAAUCCAAGCAGCUGGAGGCAGAGUCCUGGAGUCGCAUAGUCGACAGCAAGUUUCUGAAGCAGCAGAAGAAAGAUGUGGUCAAGAGGCAGGAAGUGAUCUACGAGCUGAUGCAGACGGAGCUGCACCACAUCCGCACGCUCAAGAUCAUGAGUGACGUGUACAGCCGGGGCAUGAUGACCGAGCUGCUGUUCGAGCAGCAGAUGGUGGAGAAGCUGUUCCCCUGCCUGGACGAGCUCAUCAGCAUCCACAGCCAGUUCUUCCAGCGGAUCCUGGAGCGGAAGAAGGAGUCCCUGGUGGACAAGAGCGAGAAGAACUUUCUCAUCAGGAAGGUGGGAGACGUGCUCGUCAAUCAGUUUUCGGGGGAGAACGCGGAGCGCUUGAAGAAGACGUACGGCAAGUUCUGCGGGCAGCACAACCAGUCCGUGAGCUACUUCAAAGACCUGUACACCAAGGAUAAGCGCUUCCAGGCCUUCGUGAAGAAGAAGAUGAGCAGCUCGGUGGUGCGGAGGCUGGGCGUCCCCGAGUGCAUCCUGCUGGUGACCCAGCGGAUCACCAAGUACCCCGUUCUGUUCCAGAGGAUACUGCAGUGUACCAAAGACAACGACGCGGAGCAGAGAGACCUGGCUCAGUCCUUGAGCCUGGUGAAGGAAGUGAUCGGAGCCGUGAACAGCAAGGUGGCGAGUUACGAGAAGAAGGUACGUCUGAAUGAGAUUUACACGAAGACGGACAGCAAGUCGAUCAUGAGGAUGAAGAGCGGUCAGAUGUUUGCCAAGGAGGAUCUGAGGCGGAAGAAGCUGGUGCGGGACGGGAGUGUGUUUCUGAAGAACGCGGCGGGGAGGCUGAAAGAGGUCCAGGCCGUUCUGCUCACUGACAUACUAGUUUUCCUUCAAGAAAAAGACCAGAAGUACAUCUUUGCGUCACUGGACCAGAAAUCAACGGUGAUCUCCCUGAAGAAGCUGAUCGUGCGGGAAGUAGCGCACGAGGAGAAAGGUCUGUUCCUGAUCAGCAUGGGCGUGAAGGACCCGGAGAUGGUGGAGGUCCACGCGAGCUCCAAGGAGGAGCGGAACAGCUGGAUCCAGAUCAUCCAGGACACGAUCAACGCCCUGAACAGAGAUGAAGAUGAAGGCAUUCCCAGCGAGAGUGAGGAGGAGAAGAAAAUGUUGGACCUCAAAGCCCGGGAACUAAAAGAGCAACUCCAGCAAAAGGACCAGCAGAUCCUGCUCUUACUGGAAGAGAAGGAGACGAUUUUCCGGGACAUGACUGAGUGCAGCACCCCCUUGCCGGAGGAGUGCUCCCCAGUUCACAGCUCUAGGAUGCUCUUCCGCUCCAACACAGAAGAGGCUCUCAAAGGAGGACCUUUAAUGAAAAGUGCAAUAAAUGAGGUGGAGAUCCUUCAGAGUCUGGUGAGCGGAAGCCUGGGAGGCAGUCUCGGGCCGGCUGUCAGCAGCCCCGUUGGGCAAGAAGGUGCGGUUGGCCCGGUGUCCUUGCCCCGCAGGGCGGAAACCUUUGGAGGGUUCGACAGCCAUCAGAUGAAUGCGUCCAAAGGAGGAGAUAAGGAGGAGGGGGAUGAUGGCCAAGAUCUUAGGAGAACAGAAUCGGAUAGUGGUCUGAAAAAGGGUGGAAAUGCUAACCUGGCAUUUAUGCUUAAAAGACACAAUGAGCAGGUCGUCCAGAGCGUGGUUCAUCUGCACCAGCUGCUCAGCACUUUGCAGGGGGUGGUGCUGCAGCAGGACAGCUACAUCGAGGACCAGAAGCUGAUGCUGAACGAGAGGGCUCUCAGCCGGAGCGCGCCCCGCCCCAGCUCCCUCGUGGAGCAGGAGAAGCAGCGCAGCCUGGAGAAGCAGCGCCAGGACCUGGCCAACCUGCAGAAGCAGCAGGCGCAGCACCUGGAGGAGAAGCGCCGGCGGGAGCGGGAGUGGGAGGCCCGGGAGCGGGCCCUGCAGGAGCGGGAGGCCCGGCUGGCCCAGCGCGAGGAGGAGGUGCAGCGGGGGCAGCAGGACCUGGAGAGGGACCGGGACGAGCUGCAGCAGAAGAAGGGCGUCUACCAGUACGACCUGGAGAGGCUGCGCGCGGCGCAGAAGCAGCUGGAGAGGGAGCAGGAGCAGCUGAGACGGGACACGGAGCGGCUCAGCCAGCGGCAGGGCGACCGGGACAUCUGUCAGGUCGCACACCAGCACACCAAGCUGCUGAGGAUCCCAUCCUUCCUCCCCAACCCCGAGGAGCCCCCCUCGCCGUCUGCACCUUCAAUAGCCAAAUCAGGAUCGUUGGACUCAGAACUCUCAGUGUCCCCCAAAAGGAACAGUAUUACUCGGACACACAAAGACAAGGGGCCUUUUCACAUACUGAGUCCCACCAGCCAAACCAGCAAAGUCCCAGAGGGUCCAAGCCCCACCUCGGUGCCCACCUCCUCCUCCAGCCGCCUGUUCGGAUUAUCAAAGCCAAAGGACAAGAAGGAGAAAAAGAAGAAGAACAAAGGAGGCCGCGCUCAGCCCGGUGGUGAGUCCCCCAGUUUCCUGUGGCCGUGUGGUCCCUGGACCCCGUGCAGGGCAGGGGUUAGUGCAGUGGGACAGGACAGGGGCCAUUCAGUGGAGAGCCAGACGGUUCUCACCAAGCCCACUUCUGGGCGCGGAGGGCCGAGGCGCCGGUGCAGGAGCGUCUCAGACCUGCCCGUGGUCCGUGCAGGGGGCGGGGGGCAGGCGGCCCGGAGGGGCAGGCCAGUCUCUGCGCUCCCAGCCUCGCCCAGCAAUCCGCCCAGUAAUCCACCGCGGUAACUGGUUCUCCGAGAU